CAAAAAGGCGGCAGUGACGGCCUACAAAAAUUCCAGGCUGAAUCCCUGCGCGACCUGCCCAUUGUGACAACUCAGGGCACAAAGGCUCUCGCCAACGCUCUGACUGACUGCGUGCACACAGUGGGCGAGAACAUGGCGGUUUCGCGAGCUGUCAGCAUGAAGCUGGCGCCGGAGGAGAAGACCAGCAAAAUCAUGGCCUACUGUCACAUGAGCACUGCCGGCGGAAAGCGUAACCUUCGGAACGUACAGUUCGCAAAGUACGUCGCCUUCAUUCGAUACCGACUGCUGAAGGCAGCUGAUGAGGCCGCAGCCGCCUCCGGACGGCAAGAUCGAGCUGCCCAAGUGGGUCUCCAGCUCUGCCAGCACAUUGUGGGCAUGAAUCCGCGGCCGGGACUGAAGCUGUCUCCCCCGGCGGACAAUCCGGAUGACGAACGCUGUCUCCUGCUGCAGAAGUUCCUCCUGGACGAGUCCAUGGACAUCCGCACCCUGCUGGAGCAAAAUAACAUCCAGUUGGAGGAAUUCCUGCGCAUGGAAUGCGGCCAGGAGGAUGAGGAGGAGCCUGGGGACCAAGCCACAGCCUCUUCCACCGCUGUUGACAAUGCGGCCCUGUCCUGA